AAACCUCAACAAAGACAAUUGAACAAAUACAGCCCAGUGGAAAAACAAGUAGCUCUCUUUCCAUCAGUGGUGAUCCACAAUCCACAAUGGCGCAUCACACACCACCACUGCCGUUGAUGCUUCUUCUAUGUACACUUUCUGUCAACUCAUCAUUCCAGCCCGCCCUGGUGUUAGAAAUGGCCAAGAUUCUUUUGGAAAACUACUGCUUUCCUGAGAUCCUAGUUGGGAUGGAGGAAGCUAUCCAAAAAGCGAUCAACAGUGGAGAAAUCCUGCAGAUUUCCGAUAGGAAGACCCUGGCCUCGGUGCUCACAAACGGAGUACAAGCACUGAACGAUCCUAGGUUGACUGUGUCAUAUGAGCCCAAUUUCAUCCCGGGGAUGCCACAGAUGCUGCCGUCUCUGCCCAUAGAGAAACUGAUCUGGCUGGUAAGAAACUCUGUCAAGCUUGAUAUCCUGGACAACAACAUUGGAUAUUUGCGGAUAGAUCGGAUCAUCGGGGAGGAGACAGCUACAAAGCUUGGCUCCCUGUUGAGGGACAACAUCUGGGACAAAGUUGCUCACACAUCCUCAAUGAUCUUGGACCUGAGGUAUAGCACAGCUGGAGAAUUGUCUGGAGUUCCCUUUAUAAUCUCCUAUUUCUCAGAACCUGAGCCUCUCAUUCAUCUUGACACUGUGUACGACAGGCCCUUAAAUACAACUAUGGAGCUGUGGACCAUGCCCUCAAUAAUGGGGGAAAGGUAUGGAAAGAAGAAAGACUUGAUUAUUUUGACCAGUAAGCGUACAGUGGGGGCUGCUGAGGCAGUGGCAUAUACAUUAAAAAGCCUAAAGAGGGCCAUUACAGUUGGGGAAAGGUCUGCUGGUGGGUCAGUAAAAAUCCAAAAGAUUAGGAUCCCUCACUCGGAUUUCUACAUAACAGUUCCUGUGGCAAGAUCAGUUAAUCCAAUCACAGGCCAUAGCUGGGAAGUGAGUGGUGUUUCCCCAACAGUCAACGUCCUUGCCAAGGAAGCUGUUGCAAAAGCCAAGUCCCUUCUGGCUGUAAGGAGUGCCAUUCCAAUGGUGCAAAGUAUUGCUGAUGUAAUCAGGAGGUUCUAUGUUUUCACUGACAGAGUUCCGGCUCUUCUUCAAUAUCUGCAAUCAACAGAUUUUUUCUCUGUCAUAUCUGAGGAGGACCUAGCAGUCAGACUUAACCAGGACCUCCAGUCUGUGUCUGAAGAUCCACGACUGAUAAUCAAAUACAUGCAAGAUAAUGCUGCCAUACUAGAGAAGGACCCUGAGCUUGAAAACAUUCCAGAUGAUUUGGAAUCAUUGAAAAAACUUGUAGAUACGAUUAAAGUGGAAAUUCUCCUAAACAAUACUGGCUAUCUCCGCAUAGACAAAUUUUUCAAGUCAUAUGCAGGGGCUAAAUUAGAAGAGCUCAUAGCUAAAAAGGUAUGGGAGCCCCUAAAAGACACUAAUAACCUGAUUAUUGAUCUACGCUAUAACACUGGUGGAUCUUCUACCUCUCUAGCCCUCAUACUGUCCUAUCUGCAGGACACUUCCCAGAAGCAUCAUUUUUUCACAAUAAAUGACCAAAUUCAGAACAUAACAACCAAAUAUGACUCUCUGCCUCAAACUGCCGGCCCGACCUAUGGCUCCAAACGUGGAGUUUACGUGUUGACAAGCUACGACACAGCAAGCACCGGCGAAGAGUUUGCUUACCUGAUACAGUCACUUCAUCGGGGCACAGUCAUUGGGGAAAUUACAUCUGGUACCCUGAUGCACUCAAAGUCGUUCCAAAUAGAGGGAAUGGCUAUUGCCAUCACUGUUCCUUUCAUAAACUUUGUAGACAACAAUGGGGAAUGUUGGCUGGGAGGUGGCGUGGUCCCCGAUGCUAUUGCUCUAGCCGAGGAAGCUGUGGAGCAUGUUUAUGAGAUUGCGGAUUUUCACCAAGGGCUCAAAUUCCUCAUAGAGGGAACUGGGGAACUGUUAGAAAAACACUACACAGUUCAUGAAGUUGCACAAAUGGCCAGCAAGGUACUUUUUACCAAAUGGGCUGAGGGACUAUACCGGUCAGUGGUUGACUUUGAAUCUUUGGCAUCUCAGUUGACGGCAGACCUCCAAGAGACUUCAGGAGAUCACCGCCUCCAUGUCUUCCAUUGCGAUGUUGAGCCAAAGUCACUUCACGACGUCCCAAAAAUCCCUACCGCUGAAGAAGUGGGAUACAUAAUUGACGCUUUGUUUAAAAUUGAGCUUCUGCUAGGCAAUGUUGGGUAUGUAAGGUUUAACAUGAUGGCAGAUGUGGAGGUGGUAAAAGCCAUUGGACCACAGCUGAUAAAAUUAGUGUGGAGCAAAUUAGUAAACACAGAUGCCCUUAUAAUUGACAUGAGGUACAACACUGGUGGAUAUUCAACUGCAAUUCCCCUAUUUUCCACCUACUUCUUUGAUGCUCAACCAUUGCGGCAUCUUUACACUGUCUUUGACCGCACCAAAACCACCCUUACAAAAGUCAUGACAUUGCCUCAAGUCAGAGGUCCAAGGUAUGGGUCCUCCAAGGAUGUCUACAUCCUCACCAGUCAGAUGACAGGGUCAGCAGCCGAAGUUUUCACCCACUCUAUGAAGGACCUAAAUAGAGCCACAAUCAUUGGAGAGCCAACGAUCGGAGGAUCUCUAUCGAGUGGAACAUAUCAGAUCAGGGACAGCGUCCUGUAUGCUUCAAUUCCUAACCAGCUUGUGUUAAGUGCAGUCACUGGGAAAGAGUGGAGCAUUUCAGGGGUUGAGCCUCAUGUUACUGCCUCGGCAAAUGACGCUCUUACUGUCGCACAAAGACUCGUAGCAGCAAGGCACUUGAUGAGAGCACAAGGAAAAUAGUAUUCUAGCUUCCUUUUAAAACUGUUAGUUAAUUUUUUUUGGUUUAGCUACCACUUCAAUAUCUAAGUCCACUUUUUAUGUAUGGAAAUUGUGUGACA